UCUGCACAAACGCACCAAUUGACAUACUAUUGGGUAGCGAACACGUAUGGUCUACAUUUACAGGAAGGAAGAUGUAUGACAGCAAGGGCAAUCUUAUCGCCAUUUCAUCAAUUUUUGGAUGGGUUAUUACGGCACUCAUGACACCCCAAGCAAGCAACGCAUUUUCACUAACAACAACAUUGGAUAUAGAUGCUUCGCUCCAGAAGUUUUGGGAGCUGGAGAACGUCGACUGCACGACCAAACUUGAACCCGAAGAUGAACAGGUCGAGAAACACUUUCUCACCACACACACUCGCGAUGCAAAUGGGAAGUAUAUCGUGGAGCUUCCAUUCCACACCACACACCCGGAAUUUGGAGAUACUCUACAAGGAGCUCUACAGCGUUUCAAAAUGGUUGAACGUCGCUUGCAACAGAAUGAGCAGCUACGAGUACAAUACAUACAUUUCAUGCGAGAAUAUCAGACUUUGGGACACAUGCGACAACUGCCAACGGAAGAAAUCACCUCUGGGCAACAUUUCUACAUGCCACACCACCCUGUGUUGGGUCGAAAACUCCGAGUAGUUUUCGACGGGUCAUUCCGCGACGCCAAUGAAACUGGCAUACAAAACGAAGUCAAAACCAAUUGUUUGUCUACAUUGGCCGAAUCACAAUUGGAUAAUCCGCUGGAAGAACUAAUAGCCCGAGUCUCCUCCUGGUGGAAGCUGGUGCACACUAUUGGCUAUGUCCUUCGCUUCAUCCAACGCACAAAACAUCCAUCUCGGGACAGGAGCUCCCAAUCUCUAACAUUUCAUGAGAUACGGACUGCACGGAUUCUGUGUUUGCGUUACGCGCAAACCUGCUUUCAAGAUGACUACCAAUUGCUACUUGCCAAGAAGCCAUUACGGAGCCGAUCGCAGCUUCUGAAACUGUCACCAAUCAUUGACAAAGACAAUCUACUCAGGGUCGGCGGACGAUUGCAUCACUCUCAAUUGCCAGAAGAGGCGAAACAUCCAGUUUUGCUGCCAAAGACUCAUUGCAUCACGAAACUGAUCUUGGAACACGAGCACCGGGUCAACCUCCACCCUGGUGUUUCUGCACUCUUCGUAAUUGUUCGGCAAAGGUUCUGGAUAUUUGGCGCACGUAACCUCGUACGCAAAAUCACGCACGAAUGUUUGGCAUGCUUUCGACAAAGACAGCAUACAUCACAGCAAUGAAUGGCUGAUCUACCCAGCAUUCGUAUCACACAAGCACUGCCAUUUGUCAACACCGGUUGCGACUAUGCUGGGCCAAUCCUUCUCAAGGAUGGCAAGGUUCGCAAACCACGUAUAAGCAAGGGCUAUAUAUGCCUAUUCGUUUGCCUGGUCACAUCGGCAAUACAUUUGGAACUUGCCACGGAUCUCACCACUGAAACGUUCCUGGCUGCACUGCGGCGCUUCAUAUCUCUACGUGGCAAGUGUGCCAAAAUCUACAG